AUGGCUUCUAGUAAAGAUAAUUAUGCUGCUGAAAAUGAUGAUCAGACUUACGACGAGCAGCUUGCCACUUGUGGAAAACAACAAAAUACUCAAUCUAUUGCUACAUGUGAGCUGCACGAACCGGCUAAAUCAAAUGAGAGAAAUGAAUCACAAAUUGAUUCCGAUGAUCAGCUGGAUUGCACUGCGAUGGUUGCUGCGAUUAUGGACAGGUUGCAGGAGGAGGACAUGGAAGAAAUUGAUGCAUCCAUAGCCAAGAGUCCUCUAAAGGCCAGCACAUCGGUUAUAGUGGAUUCUGAACCGGUUGCCGAAAUGCCACAAGUAUUUGAUGAAAAACACGAUGAAGUUCGAAUGGUUCUUCCAGCAAUUCAAUCCGUUCAAUCUGGUUUAAGUGCUGAGCAGCGUGUUAUGGAAAAUACACCUUCAUUAGACAGCAGUUCCUCGUCAGAAUGUUUAGAAACGACUGCACCGAGAGCAAGAAGGUGCACUCGACGGAAGGUUUCCUUUACCGAACGUCUGGAACCGUUCGAAAACAUCACCUCAAUGACAAAGCCUAGGCGAAACUUUGAUAUUUUUAACCUUUCCUGUCGUACGGUAUGGAACAAUACGAUACAGGACCUUCAAAGUCGACUGGCUGAAUGGUUUACACGGCAACAACUGGAUGAAGGAGCACCCAUUUUAUGCGAGGUGCUGUCAGAUCAGAAUAUUGAUUCUGGCUUCCUGCAAACGGCUAUGGAUGUGACAGAGGGUUCAAAUUUUGAAGCGAAUAUCGAGGCGGAUGAUGUUGAAGCAACGAAUAAGCACGAUCCAAUCAAUACGUCGGAUCCGAUGGCAACCAUGCUGAAAGAUUCUGGAGUUCAAAUGGAGUCAAUUGCUGGGAAGUUGGUGGAUGUUCCAGAUCGCGUGGAAGCAUGUGCAGAAGUAACAUUGGAAUUUCAGGAGUCGGCCAAAAAUUCAGUCAUUCCGGUAAUCACAACACCAGAAACACCCAAAAAUAGCCGGAAUCGUCAUAAGAAAACGGUAAUGGUCCGAAAUAGAAAUGGUCCGAUCCAGGCAAUUUCGGAGCAAUGUCGAAAUUCACAAGAAAUGGCGUCCCUAGAUGUGAUGAUCAUUCAUAUACUGAUCGCAGUACAGGGUGAAUUGUGCAACAGGAAGCGAACAGAAAAUUGGACCUCGGUAAAACGCUUACAGGAAGUGUUGCACAUUAAUACCCGUUUAGGUACUUCAAAACUAUUCAAAAAUCUUAUACUUUUGAAGCAGGCAAAUUUGCUGACAGUUAAGCUUAACGCGGAACAUCAAAUUACAGAUGUUUGUGUGAAGUUACCACAGGUAGAUAAGGGACAGUGA